AUGACCAUGAACAUUUGGAUGGACGGGAAUCAUGUCGAUGAUGGAGUAAAGAAAAUUGCCAAACACGUAGAGAUCGUUGAUCCGGAUAUUCUAACAAUUCAAGAGAUUCACUAUGAAGUGACCGCGGAAGACAUCAUUACAAAUUUGGCCAAUGCGACUCUGUGGAAAUACGUUUUCGAGUCGGGCUUCGAUACGGCCAUUUUGACAAAACACAAAAUCUUGAACACAUCAACGAGUGGAACUGUUGCAAUGUAUGCCCGCAUUGAGCUGCCAUCUGGGCUUCGAGUAAACGCAUGGUCGAUGCACGCUGACUACAGAGCCUAUGGUCCGUAUGCGGCUUGUAAUGGAAUGGUGAAAAAUGCGAGCAUCAUCAUGGUUGGCGAGAGUGCACCGUUUGGAGAAAAAGAAGCAAGUAGGGUCAACGAUAUCCGAACAUUACUGGGAAGCGUCGAGGUGAAGAGCGCUUUCGACAGCCUCGACACCGAGCCGAUGAUCGUCGCCGGGGAUUUCAAUUCACCUAGUCAUCUCGAUUGGAUCGAAGCGGCAAGACACCGUCAUUGUGGCUGGGCUUUCGAGUGGCCGGCGACGAAAAUGAUGACCGAUGCGAAUUUCACCGACUCUUUUCGAGAGAUCUACCCGGAUCCAUUGACAAAACCGUGUAGAACCUGGUCGGCGGUGGAAAAGGGGAACAACGAGUGGAAUUAUGAAUUGCCUGAGCCACAAGAUCGAAUCGAUUUCAUCUUUUAUCAAGGACCAAUCGGUGCUAAUCGCUCGGCGCUCUAUGGCGGGAGUGAGCCGAUUCACAUCUCGCCGAAUCACCAAAAAAACGAUUGGCCGAGCGAUCAUUUUGCCGUUUUCACUGACUUUGUCAUCUAU